CUUAUGUGACAGGAGUUGAGGUGGGGCGGAUUUAGUCAUCAUUGUAAAUGCUCUAAAUCCACUACUCCUAAAAUAUCUAUAAUCAUAAAAAAAGAAUAUAGGAAUCCCCACCUCGAGUUAAAGAGUGUGUUAAAUUGAGUUAUUAUAUUACUCCGUAAUUUGAAUGAGAAUAUUAACUCGAUUGAGAGUAAGAUUUGUUUGAAGAAAACCAUGUUUAAAGUGAUCAUUUCUUCGGGUUCAGCUAGGGGAAGGAAUGGAGUCGGCAUUCUGGUGGCGCCGGAGCUGCGGGAGUUUGUGGUGGAGGUGAAGAGGAUUAGUGAUCGUCUAAUGUUUAUCAAGUUGGUUUUGGGUGGCUGUGCGAUCAAUGUCGUGAGUGCUUACGCCCCGCAUGUUGGCCUGGCAGACGAAGUUAAGAAGGAGUUUUGGGACGCCUUGGAUGGGGUGGUUGUUGGUUUUCCACUAACUGAAAAAGUCGUCAUUGGAGGCAACUUCAAUGGCCAUAUUGGAGAAUCGGCCGAUGGCUUCGAGGACAUGCACGGUGGUUUUGGCUUUAGCAGCAGGAACCCAUCAGGAGUUUCACUCUUGGAGUUUGCCAGAGCGAGUGAUUUGGUGGUUGCUAACUCGUGUUUCCCUAAACGAGACGACCAUUUGGCUACAUUUGUUAGUGGAGUAGGGACGACACAGAUCGGCUAUCUUCUCUUGCGCAGGUGUGAUCGGGUGCUCUGCAAGGAUGCUAAAGUAAUUCCGAGUGAAAACGUCACUACCCAACACAAGCUUCUCAUGAUGGAUGUUAUGAUCAGGUGGGAGAAACAUAGGAGAGCUUUGAGUGGCAACACACAAAUCAGGUGGAGGAGACUAAGUGCGGAGAACAUCACUGAGUUGACCAGGCGAGUGCAGGAGAAAGGUGCGUGGGAAUCGACCAGAGAGGCUACAGAUAUGUGGGUGCGGACUGCUAACUGCAUCAGGGAAUCAGCCAGGGAAGUGUUAGGUGUGAGCUCUGGCUCUGGGAGUAGGCGUCAGGGUGAUUGGUGGUGGAGCGAUUCCGUCCGAAGUAAGGUGGAAGCUAAGAAGGUGGCGUAUUUGAGGUACAUGGGCUGCAAUGUUGAGGAGGAAAGAGCGGCGUUGCGAGUGGAGUACAAGAAAGCGCGUAUGGCACCGGUGGAAGACAAGUUGCGGGAAGCGAGGUUGAGGUGGCUUGGCCAUGUGAGACGGCGGGAUGCUGACGCCCCUGUACGGAGAUGCGAAAGGAUUACAGUUAUUGGGGGAAGUAGGGGAAGGGGUAGACCUAAGAAGAAUUGGGAGGAGGUGAUAAGACAGGAUUUAGGACUUCUCGACCUGACUGAGGAUAUGGCCCUAGAUAGGAACCUUUGGAGAACUAGGAUUAGAGUAGCUGGAUAGAAGCUCGGUGUUGUAGAGGUUGUUUUGUAGUGUGUUGUAUUUGUUGGGAAUCUUUUGCUAUUGUUUGUACUUGUUGCUUGUACUUGGUGCCUUAUCUGUGCUAUACUGUGUUCUCUUCCAUAUUUUUGUGCAGGUGGAGCCGGGGGUCUCUUGGAAACAGCCUCCCUACUUCCGAGUAGGGGCAAGGUCUGCGUACACACACCCUCCCCAGACCCUACUGUUG